AUGGCAAACCCACGUGUUUACUUUGAUAUCACCAUUGGAGGAGAGAAUGCUGGAAGGAUCGUGAUGGAGUUGUACAAGGACAAGGUACCAAUCACAGCAGAGAACUUCAGAGCACUGUGCACUGGUGAGAAGGGUGUUGGAAAGAGUGGAAAGCCUCUCUCAUACAAGGGCUCUAUCUUCCACAGAGUCAUUCCUCAGUUCAUGAUCCAAGGAGGUGACUUUACAAACUUCAACGGCACUGGUGGCGAGUCAAUCUAUGGCGAGAAGUUCAAUGAUGAGAACUUCAUUGACAAGCACACUAGAGCCGGACAAUUGAGUAUGGCCAAUGCUGGUGCCAACACCAAUGGCAGUCAGUUCUUCAUUACAACAGUCCCAACUCCACAUCUUGAUGGCAAGCAUGUGGUCUUUGGAAGAGUGAUCAAGGGAAUGUCUGUGGUCAGAAGGAUCGAGGGCAUCGAGACUGGUGCACAGGACAAGCCAACAUUGGAUUGCACAAUCUCCAACUCUGGCGAGCUGGCUGAGGGUGAGGACGAUGGCGUCCCAGCAAAGGUGACAGCAGAUGGAGACAAGUGGGAGGACUACCCUGCCGACGACAAUGUCAAUGGUGACGCCGAGUUCAUCAAGGUUGCCGACACCAUCAAGAACAUUGGAAACGAUUACUUCAAGGCCAACAAGAACGCAGAGGCCGUUGAGAAGUACAAGAAGGCAUUGAGAUAUUUGGAUUGCAUCAGCUCGGUCGAGGGACUGAAGGCUUCACAGACCUCGUGCUACUUCAACAUGGCACUGGCCUACACCAAGCUGAACAAAUACGGCGAAGCAAUCACUGCCUGCAAUGACGGCCUGAAGAUCACACCAAACGACGUCAGAGGAUUCUUCAGACGUGGAAAGGCCAACAUGCUGGCCAAGGACUAUGACGAGGCAUUGGAGGACUUUGGACUUGUGCUGGAGAAGGAUCCAGAGAACAAGGAUGCCAAGGCAGAGAUUGCCAGAGUCAAGGCAUUGACUGCUGAGCACACCAAGAGGCAAGCAGCUGCCUUCUCCAAGAUGUUCUCGGACGAGUAA